UGUUUCAUCUCUGUUGAUCGCUACGUUGCUGUUACUGAUCCUUUAAUUUACCCUCUCAAGUUCACAGUGCCAGUUUCAGGCAUGUUCAUAGCUGUUGCCUGGACAUUUUCAAUAGUAUACAGUUUUUCUUUUGUCUUCACUGGGGCUAAUGACAAAGGGAUACACGAAUUAGUAAAUGCCCUCUCAUGUGUAGGGAGCUGUCAGAUUCUCUUCAACAAAACAUGGGUGGUUAUAUCCACUCUCCUUUAUCUAAUACCUUUUUUUACAACUAUAGCACUUUACAGCAAAAUCUUUGCUGUGGCUAAACAACACGCUAGAAUGAUAGAGAUGAUGAGCAACGACACCCAGUCAUCUGACACUUACAGUGACAGAGUUAGCAGAAGAGAGAGGAAAGCUGCUAAAACCAUUGGUAUUGCUGUGAUUGCUUUUGUGAUAUUCUGGUCCCCUUAUUCUAUAAUUAUAACAACUGAUGCUUUUUUUAACUUCAUAACACCACCCCUUCUCUUUGACAUUGUGGUUUGGUUCACUUAUUCCAACUCUGCUAUUAAUCCUUUGAUCUACUCUCUCUUUUAUCCUUGGUUUCGAAAAGCAAUGAAAGUGAUUGUGAGCUGUAAAAUGCUCCGGCUUGACUGUUCAACAAUGAAUUUAUUUACAGAAUGA